GCAGUUUUGGAAAUGUCAGGCGAUACCCGCACUCUGUCCUGGAGGCUGCCCACCCAGGACCAUGAUGGUGCUGAGAAGAGCCCUGACUUUGGUUUAGCUGGAGAUGGUGGUCCUGUUAAAAUCCUCAAAGUCUGCUUUUGUAGCAGCAACAAUUUGAGCAAAAACUUCAAGCUUGUCAAAUGCGACAGCUCGUGGCAGGUUCGGACCAUCAUCCAGUCCAUCCUGAUGAGCGGACACCUCGGCCCAAACAUACAGUACGCAGGCUGCUUUGGCCUGCGUCUGAAACACCUGAAGUCAGAGGAGCUUCACUGGCUUCACCCAGACCUGACUGUGGGAGAAGUGGAACAGCGCUACGAGAGUCAUCACAUAGAGGCGGAGUGGAGAUAUGACCUUAGAAUACGUUACAUACCAGUUGAUUUCUUGGAGAAGUUUAAAGAAGAUCAUACCUCCCUGUUAUAUUUUUAUCAGCAGGUGCGAAGUGACUACAUGCAAUAUCAUGCUAGUAAAGUCAGUGAUGGCAUGGCUCUGCAGCUGGGAUGUUUGGAGAUCAGGAGGUUUUACAAAGACAUGAAUGCUAAAGGUCUUGAGAAGAAGUCCAAUUUUGAGUUAUUAGAGAAGGAGGUGGGUCUGGAACUCUUCUUUCCUCAGCGCUUGAUGGACAGCAUGAAGUCAAAGCAUCUGAGGAAGCUGAUUCAGCAAACAUUCCAGCAGUAUGCUAAUCUGAAAGAGGAGGAAUGUAUGAUCAAGUUUUUUCAGGCCUUUGGAGAAUUCUUCAGCUUUGAUGAGGAGGUCUACCCCUGUGAACUUGUGCAAGGCUGGAGUCUAGCCGUGGAUCUGGUCAUUGGAGCAAGAGGCAUUCGUCAGUGCACCCAGGCAGACUCAUCGCAAGUGUGCCUAGCAGAAUUCAGACAGAUACGGGGUAUUAAAUAUACCCCCCAAACAGAUGGCAAGACACUGCUACAAAUCGACAUUGAGGGUGCCAGACAGUCGCUCUCCAUCAACAUGGCAAGCCUGGCGGUCGCAGAGAACAUGGCUGAUCUGAUUGAUGGAUAUUGUCGGUUGGAGAAUAAGGCAGACAUAUCAUUAAUAUUUAGGUCCAAUAAAGAGAUGCGCAACUCCCUUCCUGAAAUCCCAACAGAAGAGCUACGUGACUCUUUCAGAUACAGCAGGAAUUCUGAUAUAUACUGUGAAAUUUUGGAUGAAAGACCUCCACCUUCUGAAAAAUAUGGAAUUUCAAGGGAAGACAUUAUCCUGGGACAGACUCUGGGUGAGGGAUUUUUUGGAGAGGUCCAUGAAGGAAUGUACAAAAAUAAGAAUGGAGAGAGAAUCAAAGUGGCAGUGAAGACCUGCAAGGACUGCUCACUGGAUGUUAUGGAGAAAUUUAUGAGUGAAGCAGUGAUGAUGAAGAAGCUGGACCACCCACACAUAGUCAAACUGAUAGGAAUCAUUGAGGAGUACCCUGUCUGGAUAGUCAUGGAACUCUACAAGCACGGAGAGCUAGGGAAUUAUCUGACCCAAAACCAGCAGAGUCUGAACGACGUCACGCUAGUCCUCUUCAGCCUGCAGAUUUGCAAAGCCUUGGUCUACCUAGAGGGAUUAAACAUGGUUCACAGAGAUAUUGCCGUGAGGAAUGUGCUCGUGGCCACGCCGGAGUGUGUGAAACUUGGCGACUUUGGUCUCUCCAGGUACAUUGAGGAUGAAGAGUACUACAAAGCGUCUGUGACCCGAUUACCAAUCAAGUGGAUGGCCCCUGAGUCUAUCAACUUCCGCCGUUUCACCUCUGCAAGUGAUGUGUGGAUGUUUGCUGUGUGUAUGUGGGAGAUCCUGAGCCGAGGACAGCAGCCCUUCUUCUGGUUGGAAAAUCGUGAUGUAAUCAACCAGUUGGAGCAGGGCAUCCGACUACCUAAACCAGAGAAGUGUCCCCCUGCCCUUUACUCACUCAUGACCCGAUGCUGGAGCUACGACCCCCGGGAGAGACCCAGCUUCACUGAGCUAGUGUGUAAAAUCAGUGAUGUUCACGACAUGGAGAAGGAACUAGAGGUGGAGAGGGAGAGAGACAGAGCACGCUCCACGAGGUUCUUAGAGCCUAAAUUUAAUGAGCCUCCACCAAAGCCCACAAGAAUGAAACCGGGUCGGUUCGGAAACACACUCAGCAUUGGCCUACAUAUUCAGCUGAACGAGGCGUUGUGUGCCAGUUCGCCUGACCUGGCCAGUCCAUGUGAAUAUCAAUCACCCAUUGACUCCACCAACCACCUGGUCUUGCCAAAGAUUUCCCCCCGACGCCGCAGCCUGGGAGAAGGGGAGUUUACCUUUGGACCAUCCAGUAAGGAGGACGCUCAGCGUUUGUGGCAGGUGGAGAAACAGCGUAUGCAGGACACCAUGAAAAGACAGAGAGAGGCGAUGAUGGAAGACAAGGAGUGGUUGGAGAAAGAGGAGAGGCUCCUGGAUCCUAUGGUUCAGGAAAGCACAGAUGACCCGAAGUCACCUGAGCACGUGACCAAAUAUGCUGAACUUCUUCACAAGCCUCCCCCAAAACCUCCAAGAAUCUCAGUGCAGCCUGCGCCUACAGCUGAGCUGGAUCGGUCAGAGGAUAAGGUGUAUCAGUGUGUAAUGGAGGUGGUCAGAGUGGUGGUACAACUGAAGAAUGAUAUCAAUACACUGCCAUCCAAUGAGUACAUUUCAGUUGUGAAGGGCAUAGGACUGUCGUUACGAAAUUUGAUUCACAGCGUGGAUGACAUACUGCCCACUCUGCACGAGUCCAUAAGGACAGAGAUUGAGGGCACUGAGAAGCUGCUGAAUAAGGACAUGGCUGAGCUAAUCAGUAAGAUGCGGUUGGCACAGCAGAAUGCCAUCACCUCUCUGAAGGAGGAGUGUAAGAAACAGAUGCUGGCAGCUGCCCAUACCCUGGCCAUGGAUGCCAAGAACCUGCUGGAUGCGGUGGACCAGGCACGUGUGCGUUCCAACCUGGCCAAACCCAAACCUUUGGAUUCAGAAGCAUCACAGGAGACUCCCUGA